CUAUCUCUUUCUGGCCCUACAUAGUGCAUACGAAUACAUUCAGAAACCCAAAUCCCAACCUCCUCCACAGCCAUGGAUGCAACUUCGAUAGCAACUUCAUCAAUGAAAACCGUCAACUUUUUUCCAUCUUCGACCACUCAAAGGACAACCAACCCAACUACCUUAGUGUCAUCAAGGCCUUCAUAUGAAGUUACCAAAUCAAAUGUGCUCACUUUUUACUCAAAUCCCAGAAACAGUUAUCUUGCUCUUACUCGCUGCUCCACAAAGUCGAACACCAAUACUGAGGACCAAAACUCGACAUUUGACAUUGACUCAAAAUUAGAAGCCCAAGAAGAAGCAAACCUGAAUUCAAGUGACGAACCUUCUCUUCUUUCUCCAUCUUCAUCGUCUUCCUCUGGGGGCUUGGUGUUCGAUUUGGGAACUGGGAAUUCUUGGGAUAGUGAAGACGUUGGGUCUCCGGUUGUGAAGAGGUUUCUAAGUGAUGAAGAAGAGAGGUGGUACAUGUGGUACUACGGCAGGUCAAAUUCAAACCCAGGUUUCGAUUCGAUUGGUUUAGCUGUUUCAAGCAAUGGAGUCCAUUGGGAACGAGGUGUGGGACCAGUCCAGACCAGCGUAGAUGUGGGAACAGUACUGAGUUGUAGCAAAGAUUGGUGGGCAUUUGAUACUUCCAGAAUCAAACCGUCUGAGAUGGUGAUCAUGUCCAGUACAAAGGUCAGAGCUUCGAGCGCUGUUUAUUGGUUAUACUAUACUGGGUUCAGUUCUGAGGAGGUUGAUCUUAUUAUUGAAAACCCGGAAAGGUUUUCUGUUGGAAAUGGUGGAUCUGGGAAAAUUUACAAGUCUUUGCCCGGUUUGGCUAUUAGCCAAGAUGGUAGGUAUUGGGCUAGAAUUGAAGGUGAACACCAUAGUGGAGCUCUUUUUGAUGUUGGUUCUGAAAAUGAAUGGGAUUCUUUAUUUAUUGCUUCACCACAGGUUGUUUUCCACGGAAGUGGUGAUCUGAGAAUGUAUUACCACUCAUUUGAUGUAGGACUUGGGAAAUUUUCUAUUGGGAUUGCAAGAUCAAGAGAUGGGAUUAAGUGGGUUAAGCUGGGAAAAAUAAUCGAGGGAGGGAAAAGUGGUGCUUUUGAUGAGCUGGGAGGUUUAAAUGCCUGUGUUGUGAGGAGUAGGAAAGAUGGGAAGUAUUUGAUGGCAUAUGAAGGAGUUUCUGGUAAUGGAGAGAGGAGCAUUGGGUUGGCAGUGUCUUUAGAUGGACUUAAGAAUUGGACAAGGCUUCAAGAUAAAGGAGUUCUAGAGGCCUCGGACGCUAAUGGGUGGGACAACAAAGGAGUUGGAUCGCCUUGUUUGGUUCAGAUGGAUGGGGAUGAAGAUGAGUGGAGAAUGUACUAUAGAGGUGUUGGGAAUGGAGGAGGAACAGGGAUUGGAAUGGCGGUUUCUCAAGGGAGUGAUGUUAGAAGGUUUAGAAGAUGGACAGGAUUUCACAUUUAAGGUUUUCCGCAUGUUAUUAAUCAAUUAUACAUGCAAAUUCAAUGUCAAAUUUUUACUAGGAUGAAAAAUGAUUUUCUUGUUAGCUUUUCAUUGUGAGAAGCCAUUUAAGGAUAGGAUUAGAAUGAGUUGCUUGCUUUUUUAUUUCUAUCUUGAAUUACAUUGCAUUGUAACUACUUUUCAGCUUUUUUUUUUCCAUCUAUAAUACGUAUAUGAAUCAUCUUAUCUUA